UGGUCAGAUGUUUCUGAGUUUUACCACAUGUGUUUUGGAAAGGCUGUACAAAAAUGGUUACAACCUCCAUUGACCCCCAUUGGUGUUCAUGCAGUUGGCCAAAAAUCAACACUUUGAAAAACACAAAAGUCAGAGACUUAUCAGGACGGGAAGUCAAUAGCUCUGGCUCCAAUAUGCAAACAACAAGCGGCACUCCUAUUUCCACUAACUGGAGCUCCAAAGAAAUGUCUCAUCCCAAACUAUCCGCAAACUCCCAGUGGAUGGGAAUGGGUCAAAUGACGCAAGAUAACAGAACAGCAUUUGAAGAUGAGAGUAUCAGAGUCAAAAAUGAAAGUGUUCAGCAAGAACUGAACACAUUUUUUAACAAAGAGAGACCCAACGUCACAUAUGAGGACAAUGAGGAUUUUCAGACUCAAGAUGUUCAAAUACGCUUCGGUCACUGUCAUGAGGAGAUGUUGAAGGAUUAUGGUAGAAAUUGCUCGCAGAUUUUCAGUGAAAUCAUGAGUGAACUUGGAGAGGAGAACUGGUGUAAUAGGGAGAUGGUGAUAAGAUACUACAGCAGUUUAACUAUGUGUAUGGAGGUAAUAUCCCACAUGUCAGGUUGCUUUUACCCUAAUCGUGUGGUGGAGCAGCUGUUUGUGAGGAUACACCAGCAGUACUUCAGCCUUUGCAGCAAUGAAGAGGAUUUACUCGACGCCCCGGCUGGAGUCGUCCUUGUAGCCACACUGCUGCCUAUCCUCCUCAUACCCUUCAUAGUGUACACUGUGGUCUGGAAGAGUAGUUUAAGGGACUGAACGCUUUUACAUGAUCCCAGAAAGUGAUAAAAACUCUUUACUCACCCUCAUGUCAUUCUAAACCUGUGUGACUUUCAUUCUUCUAAAGAAGAUAUUUUGAAGUUGUUGUUUGGAUGUCUUCAAAAUAUCUUCUCAUUUUGCAGAGCAAUGAAACGGAUUGGAAUGAAUUGAGGGUAAGUAAAUGAAGACUCAGCUUUUAAAGUAAGACCCAGCUUUAAAGUAAACUUUGAAUGUAUACAGUUCAUGUGGUUCACAAUGAUGUAAUUAUUGUAAAUAAAAUACACGCAGUGGGUGUGUGAUUUUUC